GCAAAGAUAUACCAAAAGGAUGGGACUCUUAUCUUUCAUCUCUCUCGAGCACCAGUCGUCCCUUUCUCCCUCUUACCUCUCUCCAUCUCUCCCUGUCUCUCCGCCAUGGAGGCCUCGUGGGAAGCGAGCGUCACCGACUCGAUCAACACCGUCUACCUCCUCUUCUCGGCCUACCUGGUCUUCGUAAUGCAGCUCGGCUUCGCCAUGCUGUGCGCCGGCUCGGUCCAGGCCAAGAACGCCAUGAACAUCAUGCUCACCAACGUCGUCGACGCCGUGGUCGGCAGCAUCUCCUACUACCUCUUCGGCUUCGCCUUCGCCUUCGGGGACGGGUCCGGCUCCAACCCCUUCAUCGGCACCUCCUUCUUCGCCCUCAAGGACAUCCCCAGCAGCACCUACGACUACAGCUACUUCCUGUACCAAUGGGCUUUCGCCAUCGCGGUCGCCGGGAUCACCAGCGGCUCCAUCGCCGAGCGGACCCAAUUCAGCGCCUACCUCGUGUUCUCCUUCUUCCUCACCGGGUUCGUGUACCCGAUCGUGGCCCAUUGGGUCUGGUCGUCGAGCGGGUGGCUCAGCCCGAGCUCGAGCGACUUGCUUUUCGGGUCGGGGGCUAUCGAUUUCGCAGGGAGCGGCGUGGUGCAUUUGGUUGGUGGGAUCGCCGGUCUCUGGGGCUCAUUGAUCGAAGGCCCGCGGGCCGGUAGGUUCGACGCCUUCGGCAAGCCUGUGCUGAUGCGAGGACAUAAUGCGACCCUCGUGGUGCUCGGGACGUUCCUGUUGUGGUUCGGCUGGUUCGGAUUCAACCCGGGCUCUUUCGAUAAGAUCCUCGUCUCGUACCCCACCACGUCGGACCAAGGUAAUUGGACAGCGAUAGGCCGCACGGCGGUCACGACCACGCUGGCAGGGUCCACCGCGGGGCUAGUGACCCUAUUUGGUCGCCGCCUGCUAGUGGGCCACUGGGAUGCGCUGGACGUGUGCAAUGGCCUGCUCGGCGGGUUCGUCGCGAUCACGUCCGGUUGCUCCGUGGUCGAUCCGUGGGCCGCCAUCAUCUGCGGUUUCGUCUCUGCUUGGGUCCUGAUUGGGCUCAACAUCGCGGCGCUGAAGUUGAGAUUCGACGACCCGCUGGAGGCGACCCAGCUGCAUGGGGGAUGCGGCGCGUGGGGGUUGAUAUUCACGGGCCUGUUCGCGAAGGAGGAAUUCGUGAUCCAAGCCUAUGAUUCCGGCGAGAGCGGGGUGUCGCGACCGUACGGGCUUUUCAUGGGCGGGGGAUGGGCCUUACUUGGAGCCCAGGUGGUCGAGGUCCUGGCGAUCGUGGGCUGGGUCAGCGCAACCAUGGGCCCUCUCUUCUACGCCCUGCACAAGCUCAACAUCCUGAGGAUCUCGGUAGAGGAGGAAUUGGCAGGUCUCGACAUCUCCAGCCACGGUGGCUACGCCUACACCGGCCACGCCGAGGAAAGCCGCCCUCGCUUCUACGCUGAUUACGUACGCCUUCAAGAUCAGUCCUAGCCAGAUCAUCGCGUCGAGACCCAUGUGUAGCAAAUGUUUUGUAAUUUGCUACUUAGAUAUGUCAACUUGGGCAUUUCCAACCUCAUUCAAUUGGCUGUAUUGUCAUUUUUAUGCCAAAUUGUUUGUCAUAAACAAAGAGGAGGAAAAGGACACGUUUGGCGUCUCAGAAUUGUAAAAUCCUUGGACCUUGUGUCAUCACCUUCUUUCCAAGA